AUGAGUACUGUAGCUCAUAUCUUGCAAGACGAAGGGUAUAAUGUGACCCUUCUGCUACCUCUCAUUGACUACACUCUGAACAAGACAAAUCUUCCGAUCACUGAGAAAAUCAAUCACAAAAUCAGAUUGGAUAUUCAUCCGGGGUCAGUGAUUUCAGAAUUCAAUUUUUUUAAUUUCUAG